UCUUCCUGAGUUGCCUCCAUCCUGAAGAGCAAUGGAGAUGCUGUUAGGUGGCAGAGGAUUAAUUGUAUCUCUAAUUUGUUUCCUGGUAAAAUUCUCUACAGCCAUGGAAAUACCACUUUCAGUUCAACAGGUUCCAACAAUCAUAAAACAGUCAAAAGUGCAAGUUGCCUUUCCCUUUGAUGAAUAUUUUCAAAUUGAAUGUGAAGCUAAAGGAAAUCCAGAACCAACAUUUAUGUGGACUAAGGAUGACAAGCCUUUUGAUCUCUCUGACUCUCGGAUCAUUGUAUCCAACAACUCAGGAACCUUUAAGAUCCCAAAUGAGGGGCACAUAUCUCACUUUCAAGGGAAAUACCGCUGCUUUGCUUCUAAUAAACUGGGAGUUGCUAUGUCAGAAGAAAUAGAAUUUAUAGUUCCAAAUGUUCCAAAAUUCCCAAAAGAAAAAAUUGACCCUCUUGAAGUGGAGGAGGGAGAUCCAAUUGUCCUCCCAUGCAACCCUCCCAGAGGCCUUCCACCUCUACACAUUUAUUGGAUGAAUAUUGAAUUAGAACACAUCGAACAAGAUGAAAGAGUAUACAUGAGUCAAAAGGGAGAUCUGUACUUUGCAAACGUGGAAGAAAAAGACAGCAGGAAUGAUUACUGUUGCUUUGCCGCAUUCCCAAGAUUGAGGACUAUUGUGCAGAAAAUGCCAAUGAAACUAACAGUUAACAGUUCAAAUUCGAUCAAGCAAAGGAAACCCAGACUGCUGUUGCCUCCUACUGAACGUGGCAGUGAGUCUUCAGUUACUAUCCUCAAAGGGGACACCCUGCUGCUGGAGUGUUUUGCGGAAGGCCUACCAACUCCACAGGUUGAUUGGAACAAAAUAGGUGGCAACUUACCAAAAGGAAGAGAAACAAAAGAAAAUUAUGGCAAGACUUUGAAGAUAGAGAAUGUCUCCUACCAGGACAGAGGGAAUUAUCGUUGCACAGCCAACAAUUUCUUAGGAUCAACCACUCAUGAUUUUCAUGUUAUAGUAGAAGAGCCUCCUCGCUGGGCAAAGAAACCUCAGAGUGGUGUGUACAGCACUGGGAGCAGCGGUAUCUUGUUAUGUGAGGCAGAAGGAGAACCUGAACCCACAAUCAAGUGGAGAGUGAAUGGCUCCCCAAUUGACAAAAAUCCAUUUGCUGGUGAUGUUGUCUCCCCCAGAGAAAUCAGUUUUACCAACCUGCAACCGAAUCACACUGCUGUGUACCAGUGUGAAGCCUCAAAUGUCCAUGGCACCAUCCUUGCCAAUGCCAAUAUCGAUGUUGUAGAUGUCCGUCCACUGAUACAAACUGAAGAUGAAGAGAAUUAUGCUACGGUGGUUGGUUACAGCGCUUUCUUACACUGCGAGUUCUUUGCUUCACCUGAGGCAACGGUGUCCUGGCAGAAGGUGGAAGAGGCGAAACCUCUUGAAGGUAGACGGUACCAUGUCCAUGAAAAUGGCACAUUGCAGAUCAACAAAACCACAGAAGAUGAUGCUGGCUCAUACUCUUGUUGGGUAGAAAAUGCUAAAGGAAAAACCGCAGUCACAGCCAACUUGGAUAUUAGAAAUGCUACAAAACUUCAAGUUGCUCCUAAGAAUCCUCGCGUCCCCAGACUGCACGUGCUUGAAUUACAUUGUGAGAGCACGUGUGACCCACAUUUGAAGCAGAGUUUGAAGUUGUCCUGGAGUAAGAAUGGAGAAGCUUUUGAAAUUAAUGCCACAGAGGAUGGCAGGAUAAUUAUUGAUGGAGCUAAUUUGACGAUAUCUAAUGUCACCUUAGAGGAUCAAGGUAUUUACUCCUGUUCAGCUCAAACUGCUCUGGAUAGUGUUACUGAUGUAACUCAAGUAACUGUCCUCGAUGUUCCGGAUCCACCAGAGAACCUACAAUUGUCUGAAAGACAGAACAGGAGUGUUCGGCUGACGUGGGAAGCUGGAGAUGACCACAAUAGCCAUAUUAGCGAGUAUAUUGUUGAAUUUGAAGGAAAUAAAGAAGAACCUGGUCGAUGGGAGGAAUUGGCUAGAGUCCAAGGCAAAGAAACAAUAGUCACACUAUCUUUGGCUCCAUACGUCAGAUACCAGUUCAGGGUCAUAGCCGUGAAUGAAGUAGGGAGAAGCCAACCCAGCCAGCCGUCGGACCAUCAUGAAACACCUCCGGCAGCUCCAGACAAGAAUCCACAAAACAUAAGGGUUCAAGCCUCUCAACCCAAGGAAAUGAUUAUAAAAUGGGAGCCUUUGAAACCCAUGGAGCAGAAUGGACCAGGACUGGAGUACAGAGUGACCUGGAAGCCACAGGGAGCCCCCGUGGAGUGGGAAGAAGAAACCGUCACAAACCACACCUUGCGGGUGAUGACGCCUACUGUCUAUGCUCCUUAUGAUGUCCAAGUCCAAGCCGUCAAUCACCUUGGCUCUGGCCCUGAGCCUCAGUCAGUGAUUCUCUAUUCUGGAGAAGACUAUCCUGAUACAGCUCCGGUGAUCCAUGGGGUGGACAUUAUAAACAGCACAUUAGUUAAAGUUACCUGGUCAACAAUUCCAAAGGACAGAGUACAUGGACAUCUGAAAGGAUAUCAGAUAAAUUGGUGGAAAACAAAAAGUCUGUUGGAUGGAAGAGCACAUCCCAAAGAAGUAAACAUUCUGAGAUUUUCAGGACAAAGAAACUAUGGAAUGGUUCCUUCUCUAGAUGCCUUCAGUGAAUUUCACUUAACAGUCUUAGCCUAUAAUUCCAAAGGAGCUGGUCCAGAGAGUGAGCCUUAUAUAUUUCAAACACCAGAAGGAGUACCUGAACAACCAGCUUUUCUCAAGGUCAUCAAAGUUGAUAAAGACACUGCCACUUUAACCUGGGGACUACCUAAGAAAUUGAAUGGAAACUUAACUGGCUAUCUAUUACAGUAUCAGAUAAUAAAUGACACCUAUGAACUUGGAGAACUGAAUGAUAUCAACAUUACGACUCCAUUGAAGCCCAGCUGGCGUCUCUCAAACCUCAAUGCAACUACCAAGUACAAAUUCUACUUGAGGGCUUGUACUUCAAAGGGUUGCGGAAAACCAAUCACAGAGGAAAGCUCCACGUUAGGAGAAGGGGGUAAGAGUAUCGGGAAGAUACCAGAAGGAGUGAAUCUUACUCAAAAGACUCACCCCGUAGAGGUAUUUGAGCCGGGAGCUGAACAUAGAGUUCGCCUAUUGACUAAGAAUUGGGUUGAUAACAAUAGCAUUUUUGAAGAUGUAAUUGAGACAAGAGGGAGAGAGUACGCUGGUUUAUACGAUGACAUCUCCACUCAAGGCUGGUUUAUUGGACUGAUGUGUGCAAUUGCUCUUCUCACACUAAUACUCUUAACUGUUUGCUUUGUGAAGAGGAACAGAGGUGGAAAGUACUCAGUGAAAGAAAAGGAAGAUCUGCAUCCAGAUCCAGAAGUUCAGUCAGUAAAAGAUGAAACCUUUGGUGAAUACAGUGACAGUGAUGAAAAACCUCUCAAAGGAAGCCUUCGAUCCCUUACCAGGGAUAUGCAGGCCACAGAAAGCGCCGACAGCUUAGUCCAGUAUGGAGAAGGCGACCACGGUCUGUUCAGUGAAGAUGGAUCAUUUAUCGGUGCUUAUGCUGGAUCGAAGGAGAAAGGCUCUGUUGAAAGCAAUGGAAGUUCUACAGCAACAUUUCCACUCCGAGCAUAAAUGUAUCCCAUGUAAACAACAUCAGUGGUUCACACCAACCUUCCAUAUUUAUCUGUUCAAGGGAGCAAGAACUUUCACAUAGGAAUAGAAACGUAUUGGCAAAAGAUUUCAUCCAGAAUUCGAACAUCUUGCAAUUAUGUUGAGAAAAAUAGCACUGCCUUGAAAAAAUAAAAUCCCAAGCACUAUAGGCCUAUAUUGUUUUGUUUUGUUUUUCAGGUGCUGAAAAUUCAGAACACAAAACAUAUCCUGUAUUUAGAUUCACCUCAACUGAACCCAAAGUAUCGAUUCAGUGUACUCCAUUUUUGCCUGGUUUUACUGUUCACUGUGUUUGUAUAGUUGUUGCUACGUUGUGGGUUUUCUCUGUGUGCACAUUUGUAUUCAGUCUCUGAGAACUGUCUUAGUGACUUUACUUCACUACAGGUAAAAAGAUGGUAAGCAAACUGGUUAUUUAAAAUGUAAAGAGGAAUAUGAAUGUCUUAUUAAAGCGGUUCAUUGAAUAUAUACAGUCUAAAUCUAUUAUUUAAAUUGUUAGUAGCAGGAGUCUUAGGUGAACAAUCAACUUGUAUUUAUUGAGCGCCUGUUUGCCCAGAGAUGGUCAUGUUAAAAUAGAAUGCUAACUUUUUCAGUUUCAACAUGAAUUUUUUUUUAUGUCUAUCAGUUCUGACAUCUAGAACCAUCUUUUUUUUUGUUUUUUUUCCUUGGACUAAAUUCAGCUGCAAAGGAAGUGGUGGUCAGAAGGUUAUCUUAUGAAGGAACAGGCCAAGGUAUCCAUGAUGCUAGAGCCUAAUAGCUAAACCCAUUUAAUAUCUCCGUUUCUAAAUUGACUGCUUUUACCCUUUUUCUAUGUUUAUAUAAUGGUAUGCUCGCAUAUAUUUCAUGAAUGCAUUGUACAUAUUAUGUUAAUAUUUACACAAUUUAAAAUAUAGAUGUGUUUUAUUUUGAAGUGAGAAAAAGAACAUUAACAGGCAUGUUUGUACAGCUAGAGUAUAUAGUGAGAUAACAUGCCACUAGCAUGAGGCUCCAAAACUGAAGACUUUGUAUAGAGAAUUUGGAUUUUGUUCUUAUAUUGCUUUCUGCGACAGUCUCAAAAUAAAAUAUCAUAUAAAUAUUGGAAAUGUUUUCCUAUUUUUCAAAAUAAGUUUUUAUUGUUGAGUAUAUUCUUACCCUGGCCCCCAAAAGAAAAAAGAACUGUUUACGGUAGAAAUUUCCA